UUCGGUACAGUUUCCCAGCAUCCUGAACAACAUGAAGAUCAUCAUCUUUGCUUUUGCCUGCGUUUUGGCUUUGGCCGCUGCCGACAACUGCAUCUGCACCAAAGAGUACGUGCCUGUGUGCGGAACAGACGGUAAAACUUACAGCAACAGAUGCUUAUUGAAUUGUGCCCAAAGGACCGAACCAAACUUGCGCUUCAAACAUGACGGUUUCUGCUCGACACCCGAGAAAUUGGAACAGAGACAAUUAGACUGUCCUUGCACCAGAGAAUUCGAUCCGGUUUGCGCUACAAACGGAGUCACCUACGCAAACCCUUGCCUCUUCAGA